GUCAAAAAGUUUUUAGGUUAAAAUAUUUAAAUCUUUUUCACAUCUCAUAUCUUUAAAUGUUUUUUAUUACUGCAAAUUAACAAAUAAACUGAUUUUUCCCACAUUAUAUCUUUAAAGAUGAAAACUAACGUUAAAAUUUCUAAUAAUCUAAUUGAGAAACUUCAAAAGCUUCAUGACCCUUGUUUUGGAAAAUUAUAUGGAAUUGUUAUUAAAGAUACAAUAUAUGUCUUAGGUCUCCAAGUGGAUAAAGAUGAUGCGAAUAUAUUGUAUUCAUUUCCUAAUGAAGUGGAUUUCUGUGGGCUUUUUCAAUCAUAUUUGCAAAAUCCCGAUACUGACACAAUAAUUCAAAGAUGUAAUGAUAUUGACGUUACCGAUACCCCAGUUUUCCUUGGAAUUAAAAUUAAUGGUAACAAUAACCAUAUAGUUAGUCAUGUUAUAGAGAGCAAUAAAGUAACAGAUGCUAGUUACGUACCAGUAAAGUUAAAUGAAAUUUACUCAAACUUUGUUCAUGUAAGAAUAAGAGGAAACCUGUUUUUGAAUUCUGAAGCAAGUGAAACAAGAUUGCAGGAGAGUUUUAAUGAAUUGAGUAAGGAUAUCUUAUCAGGUACUUUAGCGUUUAAAUUGCCCAAAGGAAACGUUAUAUUGACUGGAAAAGAUACUGGAAAUAAUACAGUUGGCCUGGUAGGAGAUCCAACCCUUGGUGAUAUUUUGGAAUUAAACCAGAGCAAUGAAAUAACCCAGAAAAAAAGAAAAGUGGAAGAUGAUGAUUAUUCUUUGGACAUUAUAAAUUUAAAUUUUAUUAAAAAAGUUUCAAACGAUAAAUAUGUUGUUGAUCAAAAACAGCAUGCCCCUGUUGUCGUAUUGGAUAAAAAACUUGCUGAUGUAAUAAAAGUCCCAAUCAAAAUUGAUUUUUUGUCUUUAAUUCAAAGGAACGUGCAUUUUUCAACAUUAUAUAAUAUUAUGCUAGAAAGUAUUCUGAAGAAUUUGAAUUUAUUUGAAAAUUGUUUGUAUGUCGUUUUACGAGAAAAUGAAAUAAAAGGAAAAAUUGAUUCGCCAGAAACAUUGCAUUUCUUUGUCAAAGAAUGUGGUCACUUUGUCACACAAAUUGUUUUUAACCGUUCAACAGAAAUAUUAAAGAAGGAAAGAGAAGCACUUCAUGACAUACUCUUAAUAAGUAAACAGUACCCAGUAUUUCGCAAAGGAAAUAAAUACCAGUUUUAUGAUGAAAAUAGAAAAAAUAAACUAUUACUAAAUCCACAUAAAGGAUUAAAGUCAACAAAUAAUAGCGGAAAAGUAUGUUUAGUUAAAGGAAAUUAUGAAUAUUAUCACUAUUGUCAGGAUAAAAUUGAUGACAAUGGAUGGGGUUGUGCUUACAGAUCAUUACAAACUUUAGCGUCAUGGUUUAAAUUGCAAGGAUAUGCAAACAAAGAAGUCCCCACAUUUAAGGAUAUUCAAACAUGUCUGGUGGACAUCGGCGAUAAACCCAGUAGUUUUAUAGACUCACGACAGUGGAUUGGUUCAACAGAAGUUAGCUUUGUAUUGAAUACUUUAUUAGGUGUGACUUCAAAAAUAUUACAUGUGAGUUCUGGUGAAGAAAUGGCAUUUAAAGGACCUGAACUAGUAAAUCAUUUUGAAGUACAUGGAUCGCCAAUAAUGAUAGGUGGUGGUGUCCUUGCUCAUACAAUUCUAGGAGUUGAUUAUAAUCAAGAAACUGGAAAUAUUAAGUUUCUGAUUCUCGAUCCUCAUUAUACUGGUGAAGAAGACUUAAGUAUUGUACAAAACAAGGGCUGGUGUGGAUGGAAGGGUACAGAAUUUUGGGAUAAAGGAUCAUAUUAUAAUAUGUGUUUACCUCAGGUUCAGAUAGGGGUCUAAAGUGUACAUAUCAACAUUAUAUAUAAAAUAUUUAUUAAAAGGUUUUUGUUAAUAAUAUAUGCACAUUUUUAUAG